AUGAACCGUUUCAUGAUCCUUUUUGACAUCCGACAGGAGCAGCCGGAGCCAAGAAUGGUUCCCGAGCUUUUCACCCCCAUCAACUGCAAUGGCGCUUAUGUGGUUUCCCUCAAUUGGUUUGAUUGUACUCUUGUUAUGGGCACCUUGGAACGUGUGUGCUUGAUCGUCGGGACCCUUGAGGCAGUGACCUCUACGCACUCCUUCGUAAUGGAAAGGAUCUACGAGAAACCAGAUACUACCAUUCAGUCCACUGAUGGUCGGGCGGUUCUGGAAAGACAUAAACAGGUGAAGAUUCUAGUGCCAAACAGCACUGCUGGCAUGAUAAUUGGGAAGAAUGGUACGUACAUUCAGGAGAUCAAGGAGCGGUCAGAAGCCUACGUUCAGAUCUCCCAAAAAUCUCGCGAAUUCUCCCUGCCUGAAAGAUGCGUAAUUGUUGCAGUUCCUUCAGUAAACGUGGCAAUGUCGUCCACUGUGUCGAAGUAUCGAAAUCCUCUACAUGUCUGCCUCAUUUUACCCGAAAUUUCGCACGGCGACGGCGAACUGCAUCAAAUGCGUGCUGCAAUGGAUCUCAUCCUUGCUGUGAUUGCUUCCGACCCCCAAUCCUCCUCUUGUCCUAAUCUCUCCUACGCGGACGUCCGAGGUCCUGUCUCCAGCGUCUACCCCACAGGUUCGCCCUACGCCUUCCCCUUCAUCGCUGCGAACACAAGCAAUCUCCUCCUUCGACCUGACGCCUCGUCGCUGGCUGCUGCUGCUGCUGCCGCUAACCCCUACCUUGUAGGUCCCCUCACAGUUCCUCUCAACCCCAUGGACGCCGCAAUUCUUCUACAACUCGUCAACAAUGGCGACCAACUGAAUGUUCUGCAACAACAGCAACAACAGCAACAGCAACAACACCACCACCAACAACAGCAACACAGCGCUGCUUUGAACGCCUUCCUCCACAUAAGCGGUGGUGGGUGCGGCGGUGGUGGGUUGGCCUCUGCCACUAAUGCAGUCGUUACAACCAAUCAUAAUGUUCAUGCUCACCCGCAUCAGCAGCAUCAACAGGCCUCAUCGGCAUCACCAUUGGCAACGGCUGCGGCAAAUUCAUUGGGAUCUUUUUGUUCGAAUUCCGCCUUUUUACCAACUGCAGCAAUGUUUGACUCGAUAAUGCCCUCGGCUGCAGCAGCAGUAGCUGCGGCAGCGGGACCACAAGCUCGGAUAACAUCUCAGUAUCUCGGAGGACGUGGAGCAGGAACUUUUGUCGGUGCGUCUGGCUAUCCUCCCGUGGCCACAGCUGCAACAACACAGCUCUGCCCCUUUGUACCGCUGCAGACGGCUGCCUUUGCAAGUCCUUCGCCUCCCUCCUCUGUCACUCCUGACGCCCCCGCACUCCAGGCAGCGGCGGCUCUAGCUGCUGCUGCUUCGGCAAACUCAAGGACCACCUCUGCUACUGCAUCAGGAGGUGCAGCCCCACAGGCAGCUGAAGCGCUAGCCAUUUUCGAAACGGGGCAGCGCAGUGGGGGAGGAGGCAGUGGAACUGAGGCGGAGAUUGGUGCAUCAGCAGCUCCACCAACUGGACUGUGGGAUGAAUGCAAAAGUGAGGGAGGUCAGCAGCAUCCAACCUACCUAACUGCUUCAGCCGCCGCCUUAAUGGGACUUUAUGCCAGCGCUACGGCUAUGGCUAACUCCAACGCCAUUGUUACUCCUACUACGGGUACUCAACUACUUCGGUCUUCGGUCGGUGGCACGGGCGGAUUACUCUACACAAGAGAAAUCUUGGUUCCGGAGAGUCUCAUUGGCCGAAUCUCCGGACCUCAAGGUCGCCUGCUGUUGGACCUUCAGACACAGACUAACACGCUCAUUCAAGUCUCUCCAAAAGGAGUCUUUGUCUCUGGCCUGCAGAGCCGGGUGAUUUCCAUAUCUGGGGAUCAGAUGAACGCCAAUUACGCGGCUGCAGUGAUUGAAAAUACAAUCACAAUAGAGCAGCUUAAUCAACAAGCAAGUGCGCUCCAUACCCCUUCGCGUAGGUCCUAUGAGGAAUCGGGUGGUGGCUACUCAAGUCAAACUCCCGGAAAAUCAAACGGUAUCUUCGCUCCUGAUAACAGUGGUGGUGGUGGCGGUGGUGACUAUGGUCCUGUUGAGGGCGUGAAUUCCGCGAGUACUUCCUGCCCAACACAGCCGUCGCAGCCGCCUCCUAAACAACCUGCAUUUUAG